UUGAACUCGGUGGUCUCCUCAAUGCAGACGACAUCAGGCAGGCGUAGUCCGUGUCAUGGAACGACAUAGCACAAUGCGUACAGCUAGAGAACAGGGAAACUGGAGUCUACUGCUCACUUAGUACUUAGUCAGAAGAUUAGACUGUUCUGCCAAGUAGGCGGGGACAUUGCAGAAGUAAGACCGACCUUGCUUGUUGGUGCAGACAUCUUUCAGCUCCGUUCACACGUCACCUCUUUCCAGAAAAUGGAAACUUGGCGAGAUAGAACAUCUUGAGGAAAGUCAGACGAGCUUUGUUUUGUUGAUUUCAUUCUAGGAUAAAGUGCGCAAAUCGAAUUAAGUUCAUGGGACUAUUAUUACAAAGAUGGGUGGAAGUUCUUCCAAACAGCGAAAAUGUAAGUCGUCACUGAAAUAUUUUGGCGAGGAAAAGACGGUCGCGGAGUCGUCGUUUUCCAACACAGCAACUAACAACAACACACGGACAGAACUCUCCUCAAGCUGCACAAAGAAGAAGAAAGGGAAAAAUAAUGUUAAGAUAAAAGAAAGCGACAAAAACGACAAGAAAAAAUCUAAAAAGAAGGACAACCGUAGGGUUCAGACGGGAAGCUGCCAAAAUGUGGACACCAUCUUUAUUGUGGAAAAUUCAGAUGUAGAAGCCGAAGAACCGAAUUCCCCUGUGUAUAGGAAGAAAUCUUCCUGUCCGUCCUGCGAGGCCAAAGACAUCCUGAUGGGUAUCAACAGGUCAAGAUCUCCCUCAGCCAAGUCGCUCCGGUACAGCGAUUUUAACAAGGUGACGAGGAAGACCAAAAUCUAUGACUCGGAUCUCAAAUCUGUGGACAUCCCUCUGUACGGCGUGCCGCAGGUGUCCCUGAAUCAUCUGUUGACACAAGAAGAAGUUCGCGGAGUCAUGGAGGCGGUGAUUGACCUCGGAAUCUCUUCCGAAUCGAUCAGCGAAGCAGACUACUUAAAGUACUGUAAAGACGACGCAAAAGCCUCUGGCAAGAAGAUGACGGAAGAACGCGAAGCCAGCUGCUCUCAUCGUUUCCGACAGAUGGACAAGGCCAACAAAGGGCAACUCAGCUGGACGCAGUUCCUCAAUAUGGAGAGUAUACGGAUUCUGGACAACAGAUGCAGCAGGUCGCUAGUGAAUCUGUUGACCCAAGCAGAACUGCAAGAGGCCAGGACUGUCUUCCAGAACCUGGACAGAGAAAAGAAAGGCGUUGCCAAAAAGAGCGAUAUUCAUGCCAUGUUUGACAGUGACAAAAGUCGCAGCAGCACGCACUUCCCUGACGAGGCGAUGAUGUACACAGAGGAAGAUCUCUCCAGCUUGGUGCCGUGGGGAGACUUCCUGUGUCAUCGCGCCAUCUACAUCCUCGCUGAACGACCGAACUGGAUGAAUGCCGCGGAGCACAGCGAGGAAGAUCUUCUGGAGGACGUGGCAAUCACACCCUCGUUUGAAUCCAUCGACGACGACGACGACGACGACUACAACACUUGCACUUCUGAGCUUGGAGCCUCCGCCUCGUCCGCGGGCCCGAUGUCCCCACGUUACGGGAUGUCGAGUUGCUACGACUCAAGUGGCGACAACUUGGUGGAUACGCCGGACAGCAGCGCUGGUGUGUUGGACGACGACAUGACGUCAUCAGGGGCAGACAAAAGUGAACAGAACCUUGACGCGGGUCGUUGUCCAGGAAGUAAAAUGACUCGAACGACGGGCCAGGAAAGUACAACAGUUGAACGGCCUGGUUAUAACGAUGGUAAGGGGUUACGAUUCUCGUCCACGGAACAAAACCGUAGUUCUUUAGCGAAACAACUACAGAACACUCAGCAGUCAUCGUCUGCUCAAGGGAAGAAAGAAGUGGAGCAGAACAAACCGACUCCCCAGCGUCGGUCUGGCACUGUGUGCUCCCCGGGACUGUUGCAGAGAAGGUCAGAAGUCAUCGAGAGACGCCCGCCACCACUUAUAACGGCUGACAGAGAGCUCAAAGCCAAGUCUCACGUUGCCCUCAAGGCAAAUAGAGGCAUUCAGAUUGCACCUGCGUUUGGGAAUCUUGUUGGGAAAAUGCAACACAGCAGCGAAUGGCAAUGUUGAACUUUCCCGGAAUCGCUUAAAAGACUGAAUCAUGAUUCUGCGAGGACAAUAAUUUUGUGCAUACACGUUCUCCGAAUCUUUUACAAAUCACACAUUAUAGUAUAAUUUACUGAGAUGUCAUUUCAUUUUAUCUUGUUGUAGAUGUCUUUGCUUUGGUUUUUGUUUGUUUGUUUUUGUGUCAAACACUUGCUUGCAACUAUCACAUCUGCUUUGAGCUACGUUAUUGGCUGAGUCAGCAGGGAUGCUGUAGACAUGAUUUCUUUUUCUUCGGUGCGCAGACGGUUAAGUAAACGGCAAUACAUAUGGUCACAAUGGCUGGUAAACUAUGUAAGUGUAAGCCUUUUCCAUGUCCAUGUAAUUAUGGAUUCUUUCAUGUGGACGUAUACAAUGGGCUGGUAAACUAUGUAAGUGUAAGCCUUUUCCAUGUAAUUAUGGAUUCUUUCAUGUGGACGUAUACAAUGGGCUGGUAAACUAUGUAA